ACCAAAGCCCGUCGCUCCCUCUACUCUCUCAGCAAAGAAUCUCCUAUAUCAAAUGAUCGUAUCAUUUACAUUGUCGAACACGCAAUUCGAUAUGCACCUUCGCCAUUCAAUGCCCGGUCUUGCCGAUGCAUCGUACUGUUCGGAGACGACCAUGACAAGCUUUGGGAUAUGGGUGUUGCAGCCAUCCAGAGGUGUAUGCCUAUGGCUGUAGAUAUUCUAAUCCCUAAGGUUCAAGGCUUUCGUGGUGCAUACGGCACUGUGCGUCCUUCUAUCGAUAUUCUGAUCUGGUUCGUUGCGCUGAUUGAUGCCCACAGGNUCUUGUUCUUUGAGGAUGUAGAAUCAGUCAAGGAACUCAAUCCUCGGUUUGCGAAGAUGUCAGAGGAGAAUCCCGAANUUAGCGGAAUGCAUCAAUACGUCGCCCUCGAAGCCGAAGGUCUUGGAUGCAACCUUCAGCACUACCAAGACAUGAUGCACGAAGAGAUGUACGCACAGUGGAAUAUCCCAGCAACGUGGCAAGCAAAAGCUCAACUUGUGUUUGGAAAGCCGUUGUCAGGCCCUUUGGUUGACAAGGAAAAGACCUUUAGAGAUAUUAAAGACUGUAUCAAGGUUUAUGGUCAA